AUGCCCAUCAUCCCUCAUACUGGCCUCACAGAAUCCACUCCAAUACAUGCACCUCCUGAGCUCCCCCAGGUGCGACCCACUGAGCCGGAAUCAAGACGUUUGGAAAGUGGGACCGCGCUGGGGAGCUCCAACUUCCCCCCUUCUAUCUGGCAGGCCGCCGUUCAGCGUGCUACCCCCCACGAUAAAGAGUUGGUCAAAGACUGGCAGAAAUCCAUGGAUGUCCUCCUUAUCUUCACUGCAUUGUUCGCAGGCAUCCUCACAGCCUUCUUGAUUGAAUCUACCAAUCGAUUGGAGGGAAAUUAUCCAGAAGAAACGGUGGUAUUGUUGCGGCAGAUUGCGCGAAACCUAAACAAUGCCUCAUCUACUUAUGUCCUACCGGAACCGCGGAGAUCCACUUCUACUCUGCUUCUUAUCAACCGUCUAUGGUUCUCUUCUCUUUCCUUAACCAUUGGAUCCGCAGCCGGUGCUAUGGUCGUUAAACAAUGGUUAUCUGAGUACAAGAAAUCCUUGGGGGAUUUAAAAUCUGAGUCCCGGAACUAUGCAUCGCAGGAACAAUACAAACGAGUGGCUCGCCUUCGUGAAUUCCGCUACAGUGGACUUACGAAGUGGUAUGUGCCAGAGAUCAUUGGAUUCUUGCCCAUUGCGCUACACGCUGCUUUACUGCUCUUCUGGGUGGGACUCGUUCGUUGUCUGUGGGAACUUGACCUCUAUACCUCCAUCCUCGUCUCUGUCACCACCGGGAUUGCCCUUUUAUUCUACAUUGGAUCCACGAUCCUUCCUUCUAUAUUCCCAGACUGCCCCUAUAAGACGCCCAUCUCACAUCUUAUUUCCAACACAAAUCGUGCAAUUUGUAUCAUAUCCAAUCAGUGGCCACCCGAUGCUAACGAUCCGAGGAGGCAAAAGAAGCUAAAGGCUCGGUUACACGAUGUCAUUCGUGUUCACGGAGUUCUAUGGGAAGAUGAGAAGGAGGAGGUAGAACGCUGCGCACCCGAUUUAGACAAUAAAUGCCUUAAACGCCUGAGGGGAUCUACAAUCAGCGAAGCAACUGCCGCCGGGGUCACGGAAGAGUCUUAG